UCAAUCAGUCCCGAGCUUCGGGCUCUGCGAAACCCAAACGUGAGGACUACGGAAUAGGGAGGACAGACAGAACCGAAGGAGAAUAGCGUAGGAGACGUCAGGGCCUGACGCCGGGUAGGGGCUAGCGCCGGUUAGCUCAGCGAGUGACUGGUCAUUCCCUGGAGCAUCGCUUGUGCGUGUCAGUCACCGUGAGGUGCACCUUCCCCGACUCUGCCUUCAGCUACGUGGCGGGAGGACCUGGCUCCCCACUAGCCAGCGCUCGUACGCUUCUAACACCUGACACGCGCAGGCCGCCUCUCCGGUGCUCCUCCCGCGGGAGUGGCUUUCCCACGGGUGUUUUUCACUGCCUUCUCUCCGAUCCUUCCUCCACACGCUCUGCAACUUUCUUUUUCUUUUGAUAACCAUUUUAUGUUGGUGAUUUGGCCUUACGUUUAUUUUGAGACCGGUCUCACGAAGUAUCCCCUGGCUGGCCUAGAACCCUCAGGAUCUGACUACUGCCUGCCUCUCGCAUGCUGGGGUUUAAAAGAGCGUGCUCCACUCUGCCCGGCUAAGCACAUUAUUUGUCCACCCGAGUCGUUGCACUCGUCUUUCCCUGUUCUCCAUGGAGUAUGAGCUCCAGGGUGUGGACCAAGGAUCGCCGUGCUCCCCCAAUUGCCUAAGCGGUCAGGAGACAGCGCUGCCUUCAUCUCUGCACAGCUGUGCGUGCGUCCGGAGGGCGGUCCACGCGGGGGCCAACUAGUUCCCUUGCCUGCUAGGAACUCCGGCUAGAGAGGAGGGCACAAAAGGAGGACGCUGCCCAAGCCGCCCAAGACAGGCUGCUCGGCGACCACGUCCGGAUUGCUCCACCUUAAGCCGGAGGCCCGCCCCGCGCCUGUACACACCCUUUUGGCUCAGCGGCGCUCCCGGCAUUCCUCACGCAUGGACGCUGGGCUUCCGGACCUGGGCGGAGCCCGCGGGUUUGUCCGACUGCGUUUUCCCCGGCCCAGGCUUUCCAGCACCAGGUGCCAGGGGCUAUGGAGCCCCGGGCAGUUGCGGAUGCUUUGGAAGCGGGAGAGGAAGACACGGUGGCAGAAGCUCUGCGGUCGUUCAACCGGGAGCACUCCCAGAGCUUCACCUUCGAUGAUGCCCAACAAGAAGACAGGAAGAGACUCGCAAAGCUGCUGGUCUCCGUACUGGAGCAGGGCUUGCCACCAAAACACCGUGUCACCUGGCUGCAGACUAUCCGAAUCCUAUCCCGAGACCGCUGCUGCCUGGACUCAUUUGCGAGCCGCCAGAGCUUACAUGCACUAGCCUGCUAUGCUGACAUUACCAUGUCAGAGGAGCCCAUCCCACAGCCCCCAGACAUGGAUGCCCUGCUCGAGUCUCUCAAAUGCCUGUGCAAUCUCGUGCUCAGCAGUCCAAAAGCACAGAUGCUAGCAGCAGAGGCUCGCCUGGUGGUGAGGCUCGCAGAGCGUGUGGGACUGUACCGCAAAAGGAGCUAUCCCCACGAAGUCCAGUUCUUUGACUUGAGGCUCCUUUUCCUGCUAACAGCCCUUCGCACUGAUGUGCGCCAGCAACUGUUUCAGGAGCUGCAUGGUGUGCGUCUGCUGACUGACGCGCUGGAACUGACACUGGGGGUGGCCCCCAAAGAAAACCCCCCGGUGACACUUCCGGCCCAAGAGACAGAGAGGGCCAUGGAGAUCCUCAAAGUGCUCUUUAACAUCACCUUUGACUCGGUCAAGAGGGAGGUGGAUGAGGAAGACGCUGUCCUUUACCGGUACCUGGGGACCCUUCUGCGGCACUGUGUGAUGGUUGCUGCUGCUGGAGAUCACACAGAGGAGUUCCAUGGCCACACGGUGAAUCUCCUGGGGAACUUGCCCCUAAAAUGUUUGGAUGUCCUUCUCGCCCUGGAGCUACAUGAAGGAUCCUUAGAGUUUAUGGGAGUUAAUAUGGAUGUGAUCAGUGCCCUCCUCGCCUUCCUGGAGAAGCGUCUGCACCAGACCCACAGGCUGAAGGAGUGUGUGGCACCUGUGCUGAGUGUGCUGACGGAAUGUGCCCGAAUACAUCGUCCUGCCAGGAAGUUCCUGAAGGCCCAGCUGCCUCCCCAGGUCCUGCCCCCUCUGAGGGAUGUGAGGACUCGGCCUGAGGUGGGGGACCUGCUUCGAAACAAGCUUGUCCGCCUCAUGACACACCUUGAUACAGACGUGAAGAGGGUAGCUGCCGAGUUCCUCUUUGUCUUAUGCUCUGAGAGUGUGCCCCGAUUCAUCAAGUACACAGGCUACGGGAAUGCUGCUGGCCUCCUGGCUGCCAGGGGUCUCAUGGCAGGUGGCCGGCCUGAGGGCCAGUACUCAGAGGAUGAGGACACCGACACAGAGGAGUACAGAGAAGCUAAGGCCAGCAUCAACCCUGUGACUGGAAGGGUGGAGGAGAAGCCACCCAAUCCUAUGGAAGGCAUGACAGAGGAGCAGAAGGAACAUGAGGCCAUGAAGCUGGUGAACAUGUUUGAUAAGCUCUCCAGGCACAAAGUCAUCCAACCCAUGGGGAUGAGUCCCCGGGGUCACCUCACUUCUCUGCAAGAUGCGAUGUGCGAGACCAUGGAGGGGCAGCUCUCCUCAGACCCCGACUCAGACCCUGACUGAAGAUGGCAGCGGCUUUGCUCCCCUUCAGAACUGGUGCUGCUUCCAGACAUGUCCUUGGGGUGCUGCCGAGAGAAGCCACACUCCUCUCCUGCUGGGGAGGCCUUUCUCUUUACUCCCCUCGCUAUCCAUGAUUUGCCUUUGGUCCAGUUUCUCAUGUUUAGGACUGUGGUAGUCUUGUCCUCUAAAGACUAGGAACCCACCUUUAAUUUUCACAAGUGAAGUUGUUUCUUUGAUGUUUCCCAAGCAUAUGCUGUAGCUCCAGCCAUGGGCAGAGCUGCCUUGGCACAUAAAUGAACAUGCAUGUACAAGGGGACUGAGCAGGGUACACACUGUGAAAGCAUGUCUGGGCUGUCACUGCCAGCUUAGAGCCCGUAUGCGGAGCAUAUGCUGUGUUUCAAACAUAUUAGAAUCUGUUGGAAUUGUUUAAUUAUGUCAAAAAUACACCACGAAUCAUGGUUCCUGCUUCUGGCCCCACUGAGCACAGGGACAGUGGCUUCUUCUAAAUUCUUCUUGGUCCUGGCUCCACCACCCACUGCAGUAUCCACAUACCCAAGCCUGACUGGUUGUGACAUCUAAUCCACUCACAGCCACUGGUGUCAUAAUUACAAGAAGGCAAAAGUUGGAAGACAAGGUAAACCUGAGCUCUCUGAGGCACAGAAUAAAGAGUUUGGGACAAGACUGUA